CGUCUUUGGAGGGACAUGGAAUCCCCUCAUCGGUUUUGGAGGGACGUGGAAUCCCCUCAAAUGUCUAAGCCAGCUCUCAGUUUUGCUUCCAUGAAGUUGGAAGACUUUCUAGGGGCCCUCUGUUCGUCUGUUUUUGUGUUUCUCUGUUUUGUUCUGUGGACUUACUGGACAGACGUUAUGGGACAGACUCAGACUACUCCUCUAAGUAUUAUGAUUGAUCACUUUAAGGAUGUGCGGGGAAGAGCUAACAACCUCAGUGUGGAAGUCCGAAAGGGUCGGUUGCAGUUUUUUUGUUCUAGCGAGUGGCCAACUUUCAAUGUCGGAUGGCCACCAGAGGGGACCUUCGACCUCCCUACCAUCCACCGAGUCAGGAGUAUCAUCUCUCAGCCUAAGGCGGGCCAUCUUGAUCAGCUCCCUUACAUUAUCACUUGGCAGGACCUUGUAGAAGACCCACCCUCUUGGCUUAAGCCCUUCCUAGCCCCGCUCCCUCCGGAGCCAAAACCCAUUCUUGCUUUGCAGGGGACAAAGAAGAAGAAAAGUCUUACCCAGCCUUCAGCACCCCUCUACCCUGUCCUACAGGGGGGUACUGAAGAAGAAUUAAUUUUUCCUCCCCUGUAUAACCCCUCUAGGAUGCCGGAAGAACACCAUCCUCCCCCUCCAGGGGAGGCAGACGCUGUUCCGAGAGCGGGAGGCGGAAACGCUCCAGUGGGAAGCCCGCCCUUUACCAGACAAAGGGCUCAGAGGCAGCAAUCCACCUCCGCCACCGACUCCACUAUUCUGCCCUGUGAGCCACCGGACCCCCAGACACGGAGGGGAAUCAGCCCCAUCACUAUUGGCCUUUCGCCACUAGUGACCUCUACAAUUGGAAAGCUCAGAAUCCUAAGUUUUCCGAGAAACCGGCAGGGCUUAUUGAUUUAUUAGACUCUGUUCUUUUUACCCAUCAGCCCAUGUGGGACGAUUGCCAGCAGCUUUUGCAGGUCCUGUUCACAACUGAAGAAAGAGAAAGAAUCCUCAAUGAGGCCUGAAAACUAGUUCCGGGUGCAGACGGGAAUCCCACCACCAACCAGGCUCAGAUAGAUGCCUCCUUCCCCUUAACUCGGCCCCAGUGGGAUUUCAACACGGCAAAAGGGUCUGGUAUACUGUACUAGAUUUAAAGGACGCCUUCUUCAGUCUGCCGCUGGCACCCCAGAGCCAACCCUUGUUCACCUUUGAGUGGCAUGAUCCGGAGGAGGGCUACAGUGGGCAACUCACCUGGACACGGCUACCUCAGGGAUUCAAAAAUUCACCCACUAUCUUCGACGAGGCACUACACGAAGACCUGGGUGAGUACAGAAGGGAGCACCCUGGCCUCACCCUUCUACAGUACGU